AGAUGCACGGUCGCCCACUCUAAGAGAACAUGCACACACUCUCUUUUUUUUUCUCUCACACUGUCUGGCAUACUUUCAGAAUAACCCUUCGAAGACUUUCUGAACUGCUGGGUGGACUGCCAGCUGCCGAUCUCACUGUUGACAGUAAAAGCAGAUAUGUUCCUUGCUCACUGCCAUUAGCACUGACCAUGACCCUUCACACCAAAACCUCUGGAGUUACCCUGCUGCACCAGAUUCAAGGAACUGAACUGGAGACACUCAGCAGACCUCAGCUGAAGAUUCCUCUGGAAAGAUCGCUCAGCGACAUGUACGUGGAGACCAACAAGACAGGAGUUUUUAACUACCCAGAAGGAGCCACCUAUGAUUUUGGUACUACAGCUCCAGUAUACAGCUCUACUACACUCAGUUACGCCCCUACUUCUGAAUCUUUUGGGUCCAGCAGUCUGGCAGGAUUUCACUCACUGAACAGUGUCCCACCAAGCCCGGUGGUAUUCUUGCAAACGGCACCCCAACUCUCACCCUUCAUCCAUCAUCACAGCCAACAGGUACCCUAUUACCUUGAAAAUGAUCAGGGCAGCUUUGGAAUGAGGGAAGCUGCUCCUCCAGCCUUCUACAGGCCAAGCUCUGAUAGCAGGCGCCACACCAUCCGGGAGAGGAUGUCCAGUACCAAUGAGAAAGGGAGCCUGUCCAUGGAGUCCACCAAAGAAACUCGGUACUGUGCUGUCUGCAACGACUAUGCUUCGGGCUACCAUUAUGGGGUCUGGUCUUGCGAGGGAUGCAAAGCUUUCUUCAAAAGAAGUAUCCAAGGGCACAAUGACUACAUGUGUCCUGCUACUAACCAGUGCACCAUCGACAAGAACAGAAGAAAGAGUUGCCAGGCUUGUCGACUGAGAAAAUGCUAUGAAGUGGGAAUGAUGAAAGGUGGAAUCCGGAAAGACCGCAGAGGUGGGCGAGUGAUGAAACAAAAGCGUCAAAGAGAGGAGCAGGAUUCCAGGAAUGGGGAGGCUUCUUCAACGGAGCUGCGAGCUCCCACCCUUUGGACAAGUCCACUGGUGGUUAAACAUAACAAGAAGAACAGUCCAGCCCUAUCCCUGACGGCAGAACAGAUGGUCAGUGCCUUGCUGGAAGCUGAGCCACCUCUAGUUUAUUCUGAAUAUGACCCAAAUAGACCAUUCAAUGAAGCCUCUAUGAUGACCCUGUUGACCAACCUUGCAGACAGAGAAUUAGUGCACAUGAUCAACUGGGCAAAAAGAGUUCCAGGAUUUGUGGAUUUAACACUCCAUGAUCAGGUCCAUCUACUGGAAUGUGCCUGGUUAGAGAUACUGAUGAUCGGCUUAGUCUGGCGCUCCAUGGAACACCCAGGAAAGCUUUUAUUUGCACCUAACCUAUUACUGGACAGGAAUCAAGGGAAAUGUGUGGAGGGCAUGGUGGAAAUCUUUGACAUGCUGCUGGCUACUGCUGCUCGAUUUCGCAUGAUGAACCUUCAAGGGGAGGAAUUCGUGUGCCUUAAGUCCAUCAUCCUGCUCAAUUCUGGUGUGUACACUUUUCUUUCCAGCACCUUGAAAUCUCUAGAAGAAAAAGACUAUAUUCACCGUGUCCUGGACAAAAUUACAGACACUCUGAUUCACUUAAUGGCUAAGUCAGGUCUUUCUCUGCAACAGCAACACAGACGACUGGCUCAGCUCCUCCUCAUCCUCUCUCACAUCAGACACAUGAGCAACAAAGGAAUGGAGCACCUGUACAAUAUGAAGUGUAAGAAUGUAGUUCCACUCUACGAUCUCCUGCUGGAGAUGCUGGACGCUCACCGACUGCAUGCCCCAACAGCCAGGAGUGCUGCACCAAUGGAAGAGGAGAACCGGAGCCAGCUGACAACUGCAUCAGCUUCAUCUCAUUCCUUGCAGUCUUUUUAUGUAAACAGCAAAGAAGAGGAGAAUAUGCAGAAUACAAUAUAAGCAGAAGUCAGAAUAUAUAACGGUAUGAGAAACCCAGCAGCAUACUACCUAGCUCAUGCUUCAUUUUGUCUAUUGUGCCACCUUUGAAAACACUCCAGUGACAACAGACACCUGCAUUUUCCAUUUGAGUGUUUGUCAAGCGGUUACCUAAAUUGAUUGCUUAUCCUAAAUGGAAGACAUUUCAUUGCUGUGGACAGCCAGCAAGGAUUGUCAGGCUAACUUGAUCUAAAAUUUGCAGUGUUUUUAUUUAAUUUUGCACGUAAAAGUUUGAUAAGUCCUAAUCUAAACUGUACAUUCAUUUUACUUUUAAUUGAUGGGGGAUAUCACCCAUGCAUAUUGGUAUCUUCCAAUGAGUGGUAGCUUUUGUUGAUAUCUAGCCAAAAUCCUGAGCUCGCUUAAUCCUUUACUUGCUUGAAACUUUGAAGCAAUUUGGUAGAGAUUCUGGAUGAGUUUUUGUGGGGUGUAAAUAGAAAGCUGACUGGCAUCUCAAUGUGCUGUAGUGAAACUGCACUGCUAGGGACUGCCUUAGUAGAUUCCUGCCUCUUUUCUUCCUACAGUAGAAAGGAACCCCUGUCUGAGAAUAAUGCUUUACCUUGCUGGCUUACAUCAGCAGACAACUCCAUCUCAAGCCCAUUCUAACCAAACUUUUAGGUAACCUUACCAUAUCCUCUAGGCAAAUUGCAUUGCAUGCAUCUGAUCUUCUCUGAUCCUAGAAAGCAAACUUGUUCUGAUGCUCAACAGUGUAAAUCCAGGGCAACAUGGCAAACAGUGAUAACAUAGAUAAUUACUCUUGAAUCAGAUGAGAUGAUUACAAAAGUCAUCAGGUCUUUAAAAGAAGGUCUUCACACAUCUACAGGAUCCAGCACUAUUUAUAAAAAAAUCUCCCCCUGCCCUGUGCUUUGUUGUGCUACAAAGCAAGGGGUGAGAAUGCCAGUGCAAGACUGGCACAACAGGGUGGGAUGAUCUCAUCCCCCUCAGAAGAGUGUGGCUUAUCUGUGUGUGGGAGGGCUGGCAUCACAGUCAGAGCAGCUGGCUUUGCCUUGCCUUGCCUUUCUUUGGCUCUUCUUGUGUCAUGCUUCAAAAUCAGGUGAGCCAGCUCACCUGCGACACCAGAACUGGGCAAUGAGCUUAAGACAUAGUGAAGACUCUGGGACUGCAUGUCCAGGAAGAUAAACCUGUUUUUCUCCAUGCAUGUUUGUAACUCACAAGCAUAUUCCUAAGGAUUAGUUUGAUUCCUCAGACAAACUGUAAAUAUACAAAAGGUCCAUUCACAUCAAGAGUUUCAACAAGACAUGAAGGAGAGAGAUUGAAUAAAUCUAUAUGAUGUGCUAUCCAAACUAGGAGUUGGUGCUGUUGUUUGAUUGCCUCAAUGUUAGAAAAUUAAACAUGUCAGGGAACGUUGCUGGGUACUGGAAUGUGAUUAUUACAUAUGCCAGGGAUAUUUUACUAGUCUGAUGAUAUACUUUGCCUGUGCUAUCUGCACUUGUGCUUGACAGGUGCAUUUUGGGAGUUAGCACAGACUAGAGACUAUUCCAAUAGCUGGUUGGAAGCAACCACCCUGCCAGUGAGGAUGUUUCAUAGCAUAUGUAUAGGCUGCUCCACAUCAGCUGGCCACAAUGCUAGAGAAAGGGUUCAUGGAUGCUUUUGCUGCUAUAGUUGAAAUCUUUAUAUUAGAUUAUGUUGAUUGGAAUAUCCUGUAGUAACUAAAUAUAGGAAAUAGUGCAACUAAUGCUGUACAGGAGUGCCUAUUCUUAUUACACUCCCUGUCACACAAGCAGAGUCUGUGUGCAGUGAGAUCAAGUUACAUAGCAAUUGUGAAGGCAGCAAGGCAUAGGAUGAGUUCGUGCUCCAAGUCAAGAAUUCUUUAGUGAAUGUACAUAAUGAUGUCUAUAAUAGUUUCAUGUACAUAUCUGAGGAUAUGCACAGUUUGGAAGUCUAAAGAUAGAUGCUACCUACAUUUGAGAAGAUUCCUCAAAAACUGUGCAAGCCUAAAUAUGUGAGACAGUCACUGUAAGUUAAUAGGCCUUUUAUUGAUGCAUAUUAUAGUAUCACUUUUUUUUUGAAAGUGCUGAAGGUUUUGCCUUUUUGUGUAUUCAGUAAAAGUGUGUGUGUGUGUCUGUGUGUGUUAAUUUGGUACCUAAGAGCUUUUGGAAGGGCCCUAAAUGCCAUGAAAGAAGAUGGACGUUUUGGGUUUAUUUAGUAGCUGUUUUUCAAAUGUGUUAGAAAAACCAUGAAUGCCUUGAAAUGAGUGCACACUAAGAUCUGAAUGCAGCACAGGAAUCUCUGUAGUUAAAUUUAUGUGCUUACACCAUCUUUGUUCACUUGUAGCCUAGUGUGCUUUAGAGCUGCUCUUUAAAUGCUGUACGUGAAACUUGGUGUUUUCUACAACAGAACACACAGAUCAAGCUCAUAAGCUGGAAGGCAAAUCGGUUUAAAUGAACACCUCCCUUCCUACAUCCCAGAACAGUUCAUUACAUCAAUUCAAUUGUAAAUUUGUCCUUGAGGGAAAGAGGUUUGUGAAGAGCAAUUCACGACAGAGGAUCAGAUUCUGAUGAUACCUACAUAGGGCCAGUACUUUUACACUCUACAGAUUUUCCCAGAGGAGCUGGAAAAGCAUGAUUUGAAGUGGUGUGGAGCAGGCAGAAGGGUAUCAUAAUGUGUUUUGGAACAUACACAAUAGUAUCAGUCACUCACAGUCUUAACUAUGAAUGCUUUCCUAGGCUUGGUCCUUGCAAGGAGGCAAUUUAACUUCAACCAGUCCUCCCGGGCUUGUGGUGAAAAUGGCAAAGGGCAACCUAGAAAGAACGAGUCCCAGUAAUACAUUAAUUUACAUUGGGGCAGUUUCAGGAUCCAUGUCAUUAACUUGUUCAUGAGAUUUUAAUUGAAGAGCACCUUAAUAAAUAUAGUAACCUUCCCAGAGUUAGCUAUAAAGAUGAUUGUCCAUAUAUCAGACAGCUGAAUGUAGCUAUUCAAUUGAUUAAAGAAAGUCUACAAUACAAAAAUGGCAACAUUUUUCAUAUGUAGUUCUGAAUUAUGCUCUCAUGUAUGCAAACAAUUGUGCCUGACAUUUGGUAAUUGUUAUUUCACAAGAUGCUAUUUUAUGGGUAUGUAUAUAUAUACAUAUAUACUUUAUAUUUGCAGCUGACAAACCAGUACUACCUGAAUACCUGGUGCUGGAUAUAAAAUAAAAAUAUAUAGCAUGUAAAAAAAAAAAAAAAAAAGUUGAAAGAAAACUUUUCAAGGCAGCUAAUUAUGCUUUUACCAAAACAUUCAUAGUGAUGCCUCUGGACAGCUAACGAAAGAAUUAUUUUGUAAUGUUUAUAUGUGGAUUUUUUAAAAAAAACCAAAAACAUCAAAAACCAAAAAAACCCUCUAGAAACAUAGGCAAUGUAAUACCAGCAAAAGCCAAACAGAAAUAGACCAGAUGAACUUGCUUGAGAAUAUGGUUGUUACUGAAUUAUUACAAAAAGCUUGUGAGGCAGGAGAGGAGAUAGGAGAUACGCAACACUUUAGUGGUGUCUCAGUUUCCAGUAUGUGAAAGCCAGUCUGGUAUACAGUGGUCGAGCCAUGUCUCGAUGUCGUAGAUUUUGUCUCAGGUAAAACUCCCAGUUGGGACAGAUUUGUACUGGGGUAAAAUAGUUUAAUGAAAGUUUCUUGGUGUGUGUUUGUGGUAAAUUUACUAUUAUGUUUCAGUAGUGACAUCACUUGAUGAUUUUUCUGCUUCUGUACACUGAGGGGUUUAAUAAUUUAAAAAUGUAAUUAAUAAUAAUAAUUAAUAAUCUAAAUUGAGCUCCCAGGAGUAUUGCAAAGAGGUCACUAGACCUCAAGUUGAAAAAAAACCAACAACCACCAAACCAAAAAAUACCCAAACCUUCAUCCAAGGUAAUAGAUAAUUAUAUAUAAAAUGGAUAAAAAAUACACAAUACCCUUCAUCCAAGCCAGAGUUUGUACUGGAGCAUCAAUCUAUUUCAAUUGAUGCCAACUGAUUCCUUAAGAGCUGUGCCAAAUGUUUAAAAGUAAACAAGCUACCAAAAAAGUAAAAAUUCUGCCUCACUAGGGCUUUAGUCUUAUCACAGGCUUUGGUAAGAAUACAGCAAGCCUUUCUUGUGUGUAUCCUGCUUUAAAAUUAGAGUGCAACUCAAUCUACAACUAUCGGGAUUUUGGAUGUAAGGUAUUCUCAGCUGAACUUAUGUGAAGUACAUUUCUUAUUUUUGAAUAAAGAAAUGGCUGUUUUCAAUGCAAUCUACAACUGUGAUAUGGCUUUAGAGAUAGAAAUUCAACACAUGUAAUAGAAAGCGAUGUUAAUGACAGUAUCAUAAUACAAAAGAAUUUUUGCUGUCACUUGCAAUUUUAACAUAAUCUCAAAUUGAUCUGACAGUUUGAAUUGAGAGUUUUAAGUUAAUGUUUCCCUAAUAUUAAUGUCCUUCCCUUUUUACUUAUAAUUCCCUUUCAUCCUUCAAAUGUAGAUAGCCUUAUAUCCUGAAAGUUGUUUUCAAAGUGAUUGUUGCCCAUAAAGGGUAUUAGGUUUUGCACUGUGUUAAAAAAGGAUAAAAUUAUUUUGCAUUCUAACGUGCCUAAAGAAAGAAAGAAAGAAACAAACAAACAAAAAAUAUGCUGCCACCUUGCAAAUUAGUAUGCUCUGUAAUCCUGUGUGCCUAUAAGUCUAUUUCUUCAGAAAGUGCCCAUUGAAAAAUGAAGGGAUAGACUGCUGGUCACAAGACUUGCAUUAUCAAGCCACUUUAUGUAUCACCUUAUUGUAUGUACUAUAAUGCUUUUGUGUGCACUAUGUAGUCUGUCAAUGGAAAGUUCUUUGGAAUAGGCUCAGCUGCCAUAAUGUAUUUGUUGAAGUAUUCUGUUCUUUCCUGACGCAUAUGAAAUUAUUGAUGUCUUUGUUCUGGUGAGGUAUUUUUUGUUUCGCACCUAAAAAAAGUUCUAAAAAAGUUUAAAUAAAAAAAUCCGGUAAGCUACCUGAUUGGUGCAAGAUUUUUAUCAGUGUAUUUGAUGUUGAAAAUAAAGAAUUAACCAGAA